GGCAUUCGGCAAAGACGGCAACCGGUGCUGCCUCUGAGUCACAGCCGGCCCUUCACUCGCUCGCAUCCCGUGACGACAACACGCGCCCCCGUCUCCCUGAUCCCAACCAACAGAAUAAACAACAAGCCGUCCCCCAGCAAACCCCAGACUCCUCAACCCCCAAUUGUUUUCACUUCGUCGGAAAUUCCAAAUCCCCAAACCCUAAGCAAAGGUCAAAAGGUCACCAAGUCAGCCCCCAAAAGCUGCAAUUCCGAUUUCCCGGCGUCGGAAUUUCAAUUUUUCACUUUAGGGCAAGCAAAAAAAGCCGCGAGAGUUUGGGGGAAACUUUCCUAGAAAUUUUCCGGAGAGUUUAUCGGAAGGAAGGAAGGAGAGAGAAGGUCGGCGGAAAUGGCGUCGUCGAAGGUGAUGGCGUCGUCGAAGCCGAAGAAUUCGGAUCUGGCUUCAACGUCGUCGUCCUCUUCAGCUUCACGAUCCCGUCGCUUUUCCUCCUCUUCUUCCUCUGCUACUAAACACCGCUCUUCCGAUCACUCAACGACCAUCCGGCCGCUCAACGUCGGCAACUCCUCUUCCUCCAACAUGACCGUCGACGGAAUGCUGCGCAACGUCUACUCCGCUCCCUCGUCGGAUUCCACGCUCCUCGACGCUCAGGUAACCCUAAUGGACGCUGCGACACCUCCUCCUCCUCUCCCUCCUCCUUCUCUCGCCGCGGCCAUUGAAUCCAGCCACCAUGCCAACGGCAGUAACGAUCAGGAAAUGGCAAUUGCUGUUGCACCCACGCCGCCGGGGAGUAAUAAGACGGUUGACGACAUGUGGAGGGAGAUUGUUUCCGGGAGGAAGGAAUUGAAGGAGGAACCCGACGAGAUGAUGACUCUAGAGGAUUUCCUCGCCAAGGCCGGUGCGGUGGAGGUCGGCGACGAUGACGAUGAGGUGAAGAUGCCGCAGCUAGCUUCAGAGAGACUGAGUGGGGGAGUGUUCGCGUUUGAUCCGGUGCCAGUGCCGCCGAAUGCUAUCCAUAUGCUGGAUAAGGUUGAAGGGUCGAUCGUCGGGUUCGGGAAUGGAGUGGAGGUGGCUCCCUCCGGCGGGGGAUUAGUUGUGGGGAGAGGCAAGAGAGGUAGAGCGCCAGUUUUGGAGCAAUUGGAUAAGGCUGCGCAGCAGAGGCAGAGGAGGAUGAUCAAGAAUCGGGAGUCAGCUGCCAGGUCCAGGGAGAGGAAACAGGCUUAUCAAGUCGAAUUGGAGUCUUUGGCAGUGAAGCUAGAAGAGGAAAAUGAGCAGCUGCUGAGGGAGAAGGAAGAGCUUACAAAGGAAAGGUUAAAGCAGCUUAUGGAGAAAGUGGUUCCUGUGGUGGAAAGGCGAAAACCGCCACGCACGCUGCGCAGAGUUCGGUCCUGGGUGUGGUAGGUACCAAUGUAGUUAGCAUUGUAAGGUCUCUGAACUUGGGAGAAGCACCCUCCUUUGACCGAGGAGGUACAGUAAAAAUAGAGCCGCAACACUUUAGGAUCGACUUGAUUCUAUAUUACUUAUAAAUUUGAAUGUGAUGGGGAUCUGACAUUACUCAAGCUUUUGGAGUAUAUAUAUAAAGUAGUAAUAUAUAGAGAGAGGGUGUGAGGUAGAUAAGAUAGUGAAGGGGGGUUUUGACCCAAACCAGCAAGGGGAAUUUCAAACACCCGUAGAGUUGCAGCAGGAGCAGGGGCGGGUGAAGACGUGGAUGAUGAACAACAUCAUGAGGCAGCAAUGCAAACUGCAGGUCAUCACUUGAUUUUGUGUAGCAAACUAAGCUGGAGAAGAAGAGAAGAAAGAAGCAUUAGUAUUUUGAUAUAGCCUCUGAGAGUCGGAGUUAUAUUGCUCUCCUACUUUACUUUACUGCACUGCACUGGUUGUGAGGUAGGGAAAUAGGAGAAAUGGGGGGAGCUUUAGAUGGGUUUUGAACUGUGAUUUUAUUUAUUUAUUUCUAUACUGGCGAGUUUGUGAAGAAGCCCUUACAUGGCCAUGGCUGAUCGAUCAAUCGAUUCGCUUUGUUUCUCUUUCAAUUGCUUUCUAUUCACGUCAUUGCAGUUUCCUUUGUAAUUGAAGCUCAAAUCCUUUUAG